GUCGGCGGGGACGGUGGUCGUAUGAUCGCUGCGCGUCGCGCGCAAUGGGGAACCGUGUGACCCGACGGUUUGGAUUUUUCGCGCUAAAUCGCCCGUUCCAACAUCCGCGCGCAAGGCCGUCGCGAAACUUGCAAUGUUUCGCCUGUCGAGAUAGACGGUCCCAACAUGUUCGUGACGAAUCUAGAAAAGGAUUUCUACGAUGUGAUACAAAGAAGCAGAUGUUUACUUCUGGUGAACUUUGAUAUUGAUGCAAUCUGUGCCUGUAGAAUAUUGCAACAACUUUUCAAAAAUGAUCAUAUGAUAUAUACUCUUGUACCUGUUCGAGGUAUUCAGGAUAUGAUAAGUGCCUUUGAUGAAAAUUGUGAAGAGAAAAAUUUCUCCUUUCAGAUAAAGAAUGUUGUUAUGAUUAACUGUGGUGGUACUUUAGAUUUAGUAGAAUUACUUCGACCAGACGAAUCUGUGGUACUUUUUAUCCUCGACAGUCAUAGGCCUUAUGAUUUAUGUAACAUAUAUUCAGAAAGUCAAAUUCGCAUUCUUGGUAAACCUGAUGAAGACAAUGAGAUCCCAGAAUAUAAUGAUAUAUUCCGCGAUGAUAGUUCAGAUGAAGAACACGCGAGUGAAGAAUCAGACAAUGAAAACGAAGGCAGACAAAGCAAAAGGCGAAGAUUGAAUGAAGAGGAUAUAUUGAGACGAAGUGAACGAAGAAAAUGGGUUGAAAAUAGGGCAACAAUUCUUUUCAAUUACUUACAAUAUAGUUACUACGGCAAAUCAAGCGCAAUAGUGGUGUUUGAGAUGGCUUGGAAUAUGUCAAAGGAUAAUUUAGAUAUGGCAUGGUGGGCCAUAGUUGGUUCCACAGAACAGUCUAUUCUCAGCAAGGUGGAGUCACGAAUAGCUGUUCUUGAGGAAGGUUCUCUUCAGGCACAUGUAUCAAGAUUAACACAUAGACAAGGUGUUGAUAUCGACAAGCAACAGCAACAACAGAGUAUUGUUAAAGUUACUUAUGAUAAAGAUCUCCAAUUAGCAUUAUAUCGUCAUUGGACUGUUGAAGCCAGCUUGAAAUAUUCGAUGUCAACCGCAGUGUCGUUACGUUUAUGGUCCAUUAGAGGGGAACAACGUUUGAAAGAAGUUUUAGCUGAAAUGGGUUUACCUUUGGUGCAAUCCAGACAAUUGUUUCGUGCAAUGGAUCUUACUUUUAGACAAGAAUUUAAGCAGAUGGUUGAAAAAUUAGCUGGCAAAUAUAAUGUCAAUAGCAUCAUUGGCACUAGUUUUACUCUCCAAUAUGGUUAUCGUUUUAAAUAUUGUGCGUCAGAUAUGGUAUAUGCUAUGUUGGCUUUACUGGACUCUACGACAAAGGACAGACAACCACAACGUUGUUUCUUAGAUGCGUUGGAUUGUCUAUCGCGUACAAAAAAGGAUGUUUUAGAAAGUGGCAUUGAGAAAGCAAAGCUUAUGCUUCACAAUAUCUUUAAAACUGCACAGAGUGUAUUAGAAGCUAAACAAGUAAAAAAUUUUGGUUCCUUUUUAUAUGUCAAUGUACCGGAUGGGAAUAUAGAUAAUUAUUUAUUUACACAUCCUCAUCCUCUGAUUAUGCUGGCCCAAUUUACUCUCAAAGCGUAUGUAAAUUCUUCAAGAAAUAGACGCGCUUCUGAGUGGCCUCUUGUAGUUUCCGCGAUAUUUAAUGCAGAGGAAGGAUCGUGCCUACUUGUUGGUAUACCGCCAGUUUGCGAAGAUCAACCCAGAAGUUUAUUUGGGAAAGCAUUCGAGCAAGCUGGAAAGAAUAAAAAUUGUUACAUUGAGACAGAUUAUUUUGACAGUACAAUAAUAAGACUGAAAAUCGAGGAAAGACCCAAGUUUCUUGAUGCUUUGGCAGCACUCCUUGCGUGAUAAUCAAUUACAGUAAUUAGACAAUAUGACUACUUUAAUCCAAGUUUUAACUAGCACGACUAUUGAAACAACUCGAAGCACUUUAUUGCUCAUGACGUAUGACGCCUUUUUUUUAAACGUAAAUUUAUUGUACAUUUUUUAACUAGCGACGGUAGUAGCUUUAUGAUUGUAAAAUAUUUAAUAUAUAAAUUAGGACUGAUAAGUGAAUCAAUAACAUCGUGUGAGAGUGUAAUUGUGUUGUAUAAAAAAAUUGCUAGGAUACAACAGUAUAAGUGGUAAGAGAAAAAUUUCAAUGUUUACAUUAGUAAUUUAAGAGACAUGAUAAAUUAAAUGCUUUUAUAAAAAAGAACUCGAAAGAAACUGGAAAAAAUGCAGAUGCAAAUAAAGUCGAUUGCUAUAUCAAUUGA